CGCAGCUCGGUGCGCGACGUCCGUUCGCGGAGGGCUCCGCGCGUCCCUCCUGCCCGAUCCCAGGCCUCCCCACGAGUGUGAGCGAGACAGCGCACCGCGCGAAAGAGCGAGAGCCGCGAGAAAGAGACUGCGCUAUGGCAGUGUCGCAACCUCGCCCACCUGACCGUGUUGACGCCGCGCUCGAAAAAGUUGCGCCGCUGCGCUAUUUGAAGGCGCACGAAUGUCGCGCGGAGCGUGCCGUGACGCGUUAUUAUCACAAUUCCUUGUCUAACAACAGUUUUCUAAGUUACAAAAGACGUUUUGAUCACGUUCACGAAGAUUUCAACGCAUUAUCACCACUUAUUCAACGGUGAAAGUGUGAUGGGCCCUUGCUGAUCUACCAUGAUGAAGCGAACGGCCGUGCCGCGGCUCGGGCCUGAUGAGCCCUCGCCGCUGCCAACCCAGUCGCCAGCCCAGAUUCAACAAGCUGGCGCGAGCAACAUGCAUACACUUGCGCAAUCUACUUCAAUAGCCCAACCCCAGUUGCUUGACACGCUGCGCACAGGCGCUACAGCCAUGCUCUCAGUUAGCAGCGUGGGCGGCGUGGGCAACGUGGGCGUGGGCUCCGCGUUUGGGCGGGCGGGGCCCCGGGGCGCGGGCCCUGCUGUCAUCAACUACUUGAAGGCGGGGGCGGUGCAGUACGCCGCCGCUAAACCGCCGCAGCCGCAGGUGCCGCCUAGGCUGAAGACUCGGCGUGACAAGAGUGUUUGGGCGGCGCCCCGGGGCGCGGGCCCUGCCGUCAUCAACUACUUGAAGGCGGGGGCGGUGCAGUACGCCGCCGCCAAACCGCCGCAGCCGCAGGUGCCGCCUAGGCUGAAGAGUGUUUGGGCGGCGCCCCGGGGCGCGGGCCCCGCCGUCAUCAACUACUUGAAGGCGGGGGCGGUGCAGUACGCCGCCGCUAAACCGCCGCAGCCGCAGGUGCCGCCUAGGCUCAAGAGUGUUUGGGCGGGGCCCCGGGGCGCGGGCCCUGCCGUCAUCAACUACUUGAAGGCGGGGGCGGUGCAGUACGCCGCCGCUAAACCGCCGCAGCCGCAGGUGCCGCCUAGGCUGAAGCUCUUCGAACACCAGCCGCACCAGCCCCACCAGCCGCAUCAGCCCCACCAGCCCAUGCCGGGCCGGGUGUCGCCGAACCCCGCCCAGCCUGGUGCCCAAUUCCAACGGCUUAAGGUCGAAGAUGCCCUGUCGUAUCUGGACCAGGUCAAAUACAAGUUUAAUACGCAGCCCCAGGUGUACAACGACUUUCUGGAUAUCAUGAAGGAGUUUAAGAGUCAGACUAUCGACACCCCAGGCGUUAUCACUCGAGUGUCGAAUCUCUUCAAGGGCCAUCCCGAGUUAAUUGUGGGAUUCAACACGUUUCUGCCACCCGGAUACAAGAUCGAAGUUCAGAGCAAUGGACAGGUAUCAGUCUCCAUGCCGUCUCCUACCGGCAUGGGUGGCGGCAUGGUGCUGGGCGUGCACCACACGCCUCCUCAGCCGCAUCUGGUGCAACUGCUGCCGGUGCAGCCCGCCUCGCCGCCGCUGCUGUCUGUGCCGCAAUCGGUGAACAGCGCUAUAGUCCAUAACUUGUCUGUGACUCCUGGGAACACGCUGCAUCAUAUAUCCCAGGCACAUCAGCAGAUUGAGGCUGCGUCCAUUCACCAUACUCCUGGUACUGUAGCGCCACCGGCUGGCAGCGGUGGACAUCCGGCCUCUGCUCCUCCGGGGCAGCCUGUGGAGUUCAAUCAUGCUAUUGAAUACGUCAAUAAGAUUAAGUCGCGGUUCUCUCGCCAACCGGACAAGUACAAGCGGUUUUUGGAGAUACUCCAUGCUUACCAGAGGGGUCAUCGUGAUGUUAAAGAACCACAGGCUAAACAGCAGACGGAACAAGAGGUGUAUUCUCAGGUGGCAAAACUAUUCGAGAACCAAGACGACCUGUUGGCUGAAUUCGGGCAGUUCUUACCUGACGCCAAGGCGGUCACCAAGCCGCAUUAUGCCCACGCUCGGUCGCCGCCGCCUCCACAGCAACGCGUGGACAGCGAGCCGGAGCGCGAGCGCGAGCGCGAACGUUUCUGCGUGUCGCCGCCACACGCGCACGCGCCGCACGCCGCGCCGCAUGCCGCGCCGCACGCCGCGCCGCAUCAUCAUCCGCAGCAGGUGAGCAAGCACCCGGCGCCGGCCGCCGCGCCGCCGCAGCACCUCAAGAGGUCACCCAGCUUCACCUCCUCCACGCAGAUAGCCGUAGGCGCGCCCCCAGCCAAGAAAUCCCGCGUGUCCGGCCUAAGCGGCGCGGGCGUGCGUGACGUCACGUACGCGGAGGCAGCCAAAUACGGGACGCACCACGAGUAUAGCUUCUUCGACAAAGCUAGGAAGGCGCUGCGCUCGCAGCAUGUUUAUGACAACUUUUUGAGAUGCCUGCUCCUCUUCACCAACGAGAUCAUCUCAUCCUCGGAACUGCUCUGCGUGACGGGUCCGUUCCUGUGCCGACAUCCGGAACUCCAGAAAUGGUUACAAGACUUCGUGGCGCCCGCAUCGCCGCCUCACACGCCGCCUGCCAUGAUGCAUACAGGCUACAACAACACCAGCUACCCGAACACCAACAGCCUGCUGAGCUACGACCGCGAGCGCGACCGCACCGACCGCAACGACCGCGGCGACCGCAGCGACCGGGACAACCGGGACAAGUGCGUCCGCUACGAGCCCGUGGGACACUUGGGGGCGCAGCUGAGGCACGACAGACCUCAGGGCGACGCCGCUAUGGAUAUUGAUCUGUCAACGUGCAAGCGUCUGGGCACGUCAUACUGUGCGUUGCCGCGGGACGCCGCCGCGCGCCGUUGUUCUGGCCGCACAGCGCUGUGCAAAGAGGUAUUGAAUGAUACCUGGGUGUCGUUCCCGACUUGGAGCGAGGACUCGACGUUCGUGACGUCACGCAAGACCCAGUACGAGGAGUACAUCUACCGCUGCGAGGACGAGCGGUUUGAGCUGGACGUGGUAAUCGAAACCAACGCAGCCACCAUUCGCGUAUUAGAAGGCGUUCAGAAGAAGCUCGCUCGGAUGAGCGCAGACGAUGCAGCCAGACACCGUCUGGACGACUGCCUGGGCGGACACUCGCCCACCAUCCACCAGAGGGCAUUACGGCGCAUAUACGGCGAUAAGGCGGUGGAUAUCAUAGCGGGGCUGAAGAAGAACCCUGUGGUAGCCGUGCCGGUGGUGCUUAGGCGGCUGAAGGCUAAGGAGGAGGAAUGGAGGGAGGCUCAGAAGGGCUUCAACAAGCAAUGGCGCGAGCAAAACGAGAAAUACUACCUGAAGUCUUUAGACCAUCAGGGCAUCAACUUCAAGCAGAACGACCUCAAAGCGAUGCGCUCCAAGACAUUAUUCAACGAGCUAGAGAGCGCUUACGCCGCGCGCCGACCGGGCCCACAUCUAAGUUUGGAUUAUGCUGUGCGAGGAAGACAUGAAGCGAUAAAGAUCCUCCGAGACUGUACGGAGCUACUCAUACACCACGCCAGAAGGCAGACGGCGAUUCAGAAGGCAGAAAAGCGAAGAAUCAAGCAGUUGUUAAGACAGUUCUUGCCGGAUCUGUUCGCGCAUCCUAGACAGCCGUUGAGCGACGAUGAGAGGGAUGAAGAGGAAAAAAUCGACCCGCCAAGCCCGGGCAGUCCCGCUGAGCCUGCCGACGAAAAAACCAACAACGGGUCGAAUGUCAAGCAAGAGAAGCAAGAGUCAUCAGAAUCUGAUGCCGCAUCAGACAAGAGCAGCAGGAACAACAAGAAUGACAAAGAAAACAAACCUAAGAACAACAACAAUACAGAUAGUAAAGAGCCAGUGAGUGCAACAAACAGCGUGAAACGAAGCAGCAGCAACGAAGACACGUCCAUAAAGAACGACAUCAAGCAGGAGAGUGAUUUGGACUACAGAGAUCACCCGCCAAAUGAGGCGCGCUUCGUCUGCACAUCGUCGUGGUAUCUAUUCCUGCGGCUUCACGCGGCAGUGUGCCAGCGACUGGCCGGAGCCCUACGGACUGCCUCGGCCUUGGCGGACGCAGAGCGCCGCGCCGCCAGGCACCCUAGUGUGGCUACGGCAUUACGGCUUAAGCCUAACAACCUACCAGCGGACGUGACCUCCCCAGCGGACUAUUACAACGCACUCCUGGAGCUGGUCAAAGGAGUGUUAGAUGGCAACACUGAGCCGGCGGCCUAUGAGGAUGCCGCGAGGGAGAUGUUGGGCAUCAAGGCGUAUCCUGCGUAUACGCUGGAUAAACUGGUGUCUAUCGCUGUUAGGCAGCUGCAACACUGUGUGUCGGAGCCGUGGUCAGUGCGCGCCGCUGAGCUGUGCGCCCGGGACGGUAUGCGCGGGCCGCUGGGAUACGUGCGCCGAGCUGCCAGAUAUCUGCGACACGACCACAACGCGUUCCUUGUUAAAGUCGUGAGUAUUCUUGUGAUGUUUGCUAGAGCAAGAUUUAGGUGCAAAUAUUCGCUAGAUGCCGAAAAAAAAACUAGGGCCCGAGGUCCUUACUACUGUUGUAGCUAGGUAGCUAAACCCCUA